GCGUUUCUCUGUAAGCGAGAGGCUCUGUUCAUCAGUGCCAUAGGCGCUCUUCAGUAAACAAAUCUCUGCCUCACUCAUUAACAGAGAGAGGGGCUCCUGUGUGUGGCGCGAGUACACAACGAGCUAGCUGUUCAGGUAAACAAACAUUACUAACACCCGGAGUGUAAAUAUAAGAGGUGGGAAUUAACCAUGGCUUUACUGACUGAUUGUUUUUGAGUGUGUGUUUGUGUGGGCGUUUUGUGUCCUUUAACUCAGUUUGCAUCAGCCUGUGAGUCGAAUCCUUGAGAGCUUGUCUUUCAGGUUUUCCUACACGCCCACACGCCAGCACUUGGACAUAAACACCCACUGGGCGUGGAAAAUGCCUGACAUGUUUAUAGAACAGUUUUUCCUUUUAGAGUCAGUCCGCUGCUCUGGCUGCAAAAGGUGUGUGCUCAGUCCACCUGCUCCACUGAGAGCUGCCAUCUCUGUGGCAGCCAACAUCAUUACGCUUUAAAACACGCUCAGUAGACCCAGCAUGGCGGAGGAAUGUGUCCCCGAGGAUUUAGACCUGAAGGAGAUGGGUGAGGAGGAGCUGUGGGAGCUGAUUAAUGACAACCGCCAUCGGAUCUCGCUAGGAGUGCGGCCGUGCAUCUUGAUCCCGUACCUGAGGCAGGCCAGGGUUCUCAGUGAGAUGGACGAGGACGAGAUCCUUUCCUGCCACAACCUCACAAACCGCUGCAUGAGAACGAGCCACAUGCUGGAUCUGCUGAGAACCCAGGGAAAGAAUGGUGGUAUGGCCUUGCUGGAGAGCUUAAUGAUCCACUACCCAGCACUCUACACCCAGGUGACUGGACGCAAGCCCAGCACUGAGCCCUCAAGAUUCAGUGGCCUGAUAAAAUACUCAGAGCUGACUGAGUAUCUGGUCAGAGCCGUCACAGGGAUGCAGAAAGAGCUGCAGGAGGCCCGUAACGAGGCCAGCAAAUUGAGAGCACACUGCGCCUCUCUGGAGGCAGACAUCAGUCAGAUGAUGGAGCAGGAGAUGAAGUCCAGAAACCUGCGCACCGACAACGAACGGAUCCAGAGACACUUGUGCUCUUUGCAACGUGAAGUCACCAAGCUGAAGGAUGAGAAGUGUGACUUGUAUAUUCGCUACACAGCAGCAAUCGAGGAGAAAUCAGCUGUGAACGGGCGGCUCCACGAGCUAAACCUUCAGGUGUAUCAGCUGCAGACUGAGCUACAAAAUGCCCAAGCAGAGAAUGAAUUCCAGAGGCAGCGGUCACUCAAGUCUGUUUGUCCUGAGUCACCGCAGCUGCAAGAUGAAGUCAGGAGCCUGCGCUGCCAGCUGGCGAAGGCAGAAAAACUAGACCCCGCUCGUCAGGACAUCCUGGCUCAAGACCUGGCGGAGGCCAUAGACAGUCAGGUGGAGCUAGCGGAGCAGCUCCGAUCAUACAGGGAGGAGAACGAACAGUUGCUCAGAGACAAAAAAAAGCUCUUGGAUCAGAACGAGUCUCUGAGCCUCCAGGUGCAGCAGCUGACUCUGGACUGCAAAAUGCACCAGCAGAAGAGCGCUGUGAUCCAGAACCAGAUGAAAGCGCUCCAGGCCGAGAGAGACCAGGCUUAUCAGUCCAGGGAUGAGGCCCAGGCCAUGAUCGCACAUGUCCUGGCUGAGAAGGACACCCUGAGGUGCCAGCUGGUGGAGCUACAGGAGAAGGUGUUCAGCUUACAGACCAAACGCAGCUCUGCAGAACUGCACCAGAGCUCCGAAGAGACGGAGGGCGGCUGGGAUCGUCUGAGUUCCAGCAGCGAUGAAUGCCCCGUAUCGUCUCGACGCAGACUCUGCCGCAUGGAUGCAAUUAAUCCUUCAAUGGUUUCCUGCAAUUCAGAGUGCGAAGAUAGCGCUACGUGUAGCAUGCGGUCCCGAAACGCUGAGCCUCCCAGUCCGGACUCUCUCCGCCGAAGGAAGGAAAUUCUGUAUGCAGAGAGCAGCUCAGAGGCAGCAGAGACUGACAGUCUAUUGGACGACUUUGUGUUGCUUCCCAGCGUGGGGAACAAGAGCAUGCAGACAUUCGGGCUUUCCUCUCGUAGGAGGUCCAGCUCUCACAGCCUGUCAAGAUCCUCAGUCCCUCCCUUCCUGAUGCGUUCUCGUCCAAAAGCGAUCCGUGUCAGUGGCAGAGUUCUCAGCAUCUCCUUCCAGGGUGAGGCGCUCCUCAGCCAGCUGGCAGUGUUGGGGGGCAAUAAGACGGGAGUGUUUGUGCAUCAGGUGACUGAAGGCAGUGCAGCUCACACUGUUGGCAUCAGCCCCGGAGCUCAGAUAGUGGAGGUGAAGUACGAGAAGAAUCAGAAGGCUCUGAGGAUGGUGCUGGAAGAUUCCACUUUAGAGGAAGCCAUGUGGGCUCUUGGCCAGGUUGCAGGCAUCUGUCAUCUCUCCCUCCGCCCCAGACAAGAUGACUACGAGGCGCUGCUGCAACAGCUGCAGAGCAGUGAGACGUCAUCAGGAGACUCCUUCUACGUACGUGUCAACAUGUCCCUCACUGCCGGCCCCGGAGGAACCCUGCCUGUGUCCUGUAACGACAUCCUGCAUGUGACGAACACGCGGCCCGCUGGCACUGAGGACUCGUGGCGCGCCAGUCACGUUCACCCGUGUCAGCAGCUGGACCUGCAGAGCGGAACUGUUCCCAAUUAUUACAGGGCACAGCGGCUUCUGAUUCGAGCUAUUGAGGAUAUGAGCUUUGAAGCAAAGAAGUCUGAAAAGGGUGAGCGUGUGAUGACCCAGAAUACACAGAAGACUGUGAGGAUUGUCAGCACUGGGCGCCAGGGCAGGAACCCACUGUGGGUCAGCGUGGAGGAGGAGAAGAGCGCGAGUGCAGAAUCAGAUGCAACAUCUGCACCCAAAAGUUGCGUAACUCUCAUGCCCUACACCCUGGUGACGCCACGCUAUCCGCCUGUCUGCAGGCCUGUCCUGCUGCUGCCCUCGGUGCUGGGACGCAUCCUGGACAAGAAGCUGGCCAGCUGGCAGGGCUUUCAGCUCUGUGAGCCGGAGGUGCUGAGCUCCAGUGAGCAUGCAGCCCAGCUCCAGAGGUCUGAGAUCCUGGAGGAGGUUGAGCAGGGUGGGAGCCGCUGCUACACCCUGCAGAGUGUCGAGAAGGUCAUGAAGAAGCUGCACCGUCACAGUCAGACAGAGGAGCAGCUGCUGGCGUGUUCGAGGAGCGAGGAGCCGCUGCUGGACAAGCUGCCGUGUCUGUAUCACAGCGUGGAUCCAGAAUCCUGGUGUGACCAGACCUCCCUGCUGACCAGCCUGCGCACCAUCAUCUGGGAGGAGCAAAAGAAGAUUGUGUGGGUGGAGCCUGACCUGUGGUAG